AUGGCAUAUAAAAUUGUUAGUUGUUGUUUAUGUGGUUUUGCAAAAACAAAAGGACGUGUGGAAACAUUUCAUACUUUUCCAAAACAUCUGUUACAACAGCAAAAAUGGAUUGAUUUUAUGAAUAUGCCAAAUUGGCAGCCACUACCAAACAGCAAAUUAUGCUCUAAGCACUUUAGUCCUGACUGCUUCGACAGAUCCGGAAAAAUCACUAAAUUAAUUAUUAUGGCUGUUCCUACUAUUAAGUUUGAAAGAUUCGAACAGGUAUGUAAUAAUGAACCAGAUGAUAUUCCAAGAAAAAAUCAUCUAAAAAGAAAAAUUAUGAGAAUGGCUACAAAUGAAAAGUUACUGAGAAAACAAAUAACAAAAUUACAAAAAGUGAUAUAUCGACAGAAACGUCGAAUUGAAAAUUUAACAUCUGUUGUCUCAAAAUUGCAAAGAAAUGGUAUGAUUACUUAUAAUGCUAAAGAAGUGUUGGUAAAUUGUUUUGGUAGUAAUAGAAAUUUAUUUUUAAAUAUAUUUAAAAGAGCUUCAUAUAAGAAUAAGAAAUGCAAAAAAAAAGAUGAUAUUCGAAAAUUUGCAAUAACUUCACUAUUUUUCACCAAGAGCAUAUAAUUACGUAAGAAACAUUUUAAAUGGUACAUUGCCUCAUUAUAAAAUUUUAUCGAAAUGGUAUAAAACUAUUAAUGGUGAACUAGGCUUUACUUCAGAAUCUUUUGAAAUAUUAAAAAAAAGAUAUAAGAAUGUAGAAAAAAAUAUUUGUUGUUCUCUCGUAUUUGAUGAAAUGAGUAUAAGACAACACGUAGAAUGGGUGAAUGAUAAAGUAUAUGGACUAGUUAGUGUUGGAAAUAAUGUUAGUGAUGAAAAUAUUGGUUAUGCCAAAUAAGUUUUUGUUUUCAUGAUUGUUGCUAUUAAUGAAUCAUGGAAACUCCCAUUAGGAUACUUUUUUAUAGAUAGCUUAAAUAGCAACAAAAAAACUGAUUUAAUUAAUAACUGUUUACAAUUAUUGAAAAAUUGCCGAAUUACUAUCACAAAUAUUACGUUGUCCAACAAAUUUAACUGUGGCGAAAAUUCUUGCUUAUAAAUUUGAUUUUAAAACAUGUUUAAGAAAUAAAAUGAAAAAAAACA